AUGAAGCUCUCCUCCCUCCUCCUCCCUGCCUUCCUCCUGGCCGGCCCCUCCCUCGCCGAACACACCUCCAACUGGGCCGUCCUAGUCUGCACCUCCCGCUUCUGGUUCAACUACCGCCACCUCGCCAACGUCCUCUCCAUCUACCGCACCGUCAAACGCCUCGGCAUCCCCGACUCCCAAAUCAUCCUGAUGCUCCCCGACGACAUGGCCUGCAACCCGCGCAACGCCUUCCCAGGCACAGUCUACUCCAACGCCGACCGCGCCGUCGACCUCUACGGCGACAACAUCGAGGUCGACUACCGCGGCUACGAGGUCACAGUCGAGAACUUCAUCCGCCUCCUCACCGACCGCGUAGGCGAGGAGAUGCCCCGGUCCAAACGUCUCCUCACCGACGACCGCUCCAACAUCCUAGUCUACAUGACCGGCCACGGCGGCAACGAGUUCCUCAAGUUCCAAGACGCGGAGGAGAUUGGCGCCUGGGAUCUGGCCGAUGCGUUUGAGCAGAUGUGGGAGAAGAGACGGUACCACGAGAUCCUGUUCAUGAUCGACACCUGCCAGGCAAACACCAUGUACAGCAAGCUCUACUCACCCAACAUCAUCGCCACGGGCAGCUCCGAGCUCGACCAGUCGAGCUACUCCCACCAUGCCGACAACGACAUCGGGGUCGCCGUCAUUGACCGGUAUACAUACUACAACCUUGAGUUCCUCGAGUCCGAGGUCAAGGACACGUCGAGCAAGAAGACGGUCGGCGACCUCUUUGACAGUUACACCUACGAGAAGAUUCAUAGUCAUGCUGGAGUGAGAUACGACCUCUUCAAGGGCGGGGCGGAAGAGGCAAGGAGACGGCUAGUGACGGAUUUCUUUGGAAAUGUCCAGAAUGUUGAGGUGGACAGCGGAAAGGGGGAGACAAACGCUUCGUUUGAGGAGGAGAUGGUCAGGCUGAGCAGGACGAUCGCGGAACUACACACACGAGCGGAGGAGCAGGAGGCUGCCAAGAGGAAUGCUACUGCCUCUGCGGCCAAGACGGGGAAGAAGCAGCAACAGCCAAGAAAGAUUCCGCGAGUUGCGAAGCCGCUGACGGAUGACAACUGGUGGACCAAGAAGAUUGUUGGCGCGACGGCGCUGGCUGGGUGUGCGGCGCUUUGGGGGUUGGGGUCGUAUCUUGAGGGUGUGGUAUGA